CUCACCACACUUCAAGCUGCUGACCCGAAGAUUCGCGCUGUACUGGAGAAAGGAGCCUUUUCAAUUCGACGUACAUCCAAGUCCUUUUCAAGAACAGCAGUAGACCUAACGCUAGAGCAAACCGUGAACAGAGAUGCGGCCUCCCCAAUGAAGGGAAUUGUUGGAUUCCAUAACUCUCCCAAUGCAAUACGGCGAUGGUGUAUAACGUCAACGCAGAGAGCAAUGUCCGUAACAGAGUUGCGACGGAUGACGGGACUCUUACCAGAGAAGCAGCCAAGAACACAGCAUCGUGCAAGUCGAAUGAAAAAAGACAACCGCCAAUCCCAGGCUCUUCUCACAGCAGUGUCGGAAUCAUGCGACCCAUUCUCUGAACCCGCCAUCACAUCGUCAAGUCUGUUGAAUAUUGCCACAGGAAAAGCAGCCUCUCCAUCGACACAAGAGUACCUCACAGAUUCGUUACAAACUGGUCAUGAACUGCAGAAAAAGUUCAGGGAAGAAUGCUCCGAGGACAGCUCCAGAUUAGUGAAGCCCAUACGACGGAGAAAAGUGAAGAACUUCGCCAGUGAGAACACGAAGGUCAAGCAAUCCGCAAGUUCCAAAGCGAUCCCAGCAGUCAACAGUCAACGGGACCGGUUUGUCCGUAUGCUUGUGGUUAUUUCUCAGAAAACCAACUUCGAUCUAAAACAUGUCGUCACUUACCCGAUCACAGAUGUUCCUCUCUCAAUUGCACAACCUGAUGGUUCACGGUUGAAGACGGAUAAGAGCAAACUCUUGAACAAGCUUGAGUCAUUGCAAGAUGGAAUGACAUCCUUGCCUCCCAUUGAUGCAACUUUGAUUGAUGGUGGACUCCUGCUUCACUCAUAUCUGUCAGCCAUUGGCAACAUAUCAUCAUACGGAAAUCUCGCAAGACGACUUUUGGGCCAUGCAUGCGGCAGCAUUGGCAAAGGGAAGGAAGUACACAUCUUGUUCGACAGAUAUCUGCAUGAUUCGCUAAAGGAGAGUGAAAGAAGAUUACGUGGGGCUGAAGACCAACCAUUUGUCAUAGGUGGUUGUGAGCAAAGGCCGAAACAGAGUUGCCAAAAGCGAUUGCAGAAUGGCAUUUUCAAGGAUCAACUCGCCAAAUUCUUCAUGAUCGAGUGGCAGAAGGCGCAUUAUGGACCAAUCCUUGGCCGGAAGACACUAAUUGUAUCACAUGGGGGCAAAUGCCUUCGCAUUGAGUACGAUGAAGUUAGUGAGAAGAUGACUGUUGACCACCCAAACUUGUUGCAAGGAAGCCAUGAGGAAGCAGACACCCUUCUAGCAUUUCAUGCUGCUACAGCCACUGGAACCCUACUCAUCCGAGCCUCAGACACUGAUGUGAUUGUAAUAAUCUUGGGCAUGCUCGGACGGAACAUGGUGGCUGGGAUACCAUUGAAGAUGAUCAUCAUGGAUUGUGGUUCUGGCAACAGUAGAAGAUACAUUGAUGUCACCAGCAUUGCCAGGGCUUUAGAGACGAAACAAACAGGUCUAGCAGCCGCUUUGCCAGACCUACAUGCUUUCAGUGGCUGUGACUUUACAGCGGCAUUCUACAGAAAAGGGAAAAUCAAGCCGUACGAGCUACUAGAAGAUGACAAUGA